AUAGAAAACGACCGUUAAUUAACCGUUAAAAGAACACACGUAGAGCGGAGUGACACGUGCAGUUAAAAGUCUGUCUCGUCCAAUCAGAUUACUCGUUAGGAACUAACUGUUUUAAUAUCACGAGUUACAGGCCGGAGCGUCGCUGUAAGCACCAGAAGUUUCAUUUGGUGGAUUUUCUCUGGACAAACACUGUGGAUAAACUGACCGUUUGUGAGGAAACCUCUCAUUUUAUAUGACACAAUCACACACGUGAGAUGUGUAUGGCAUGGAGCAAUUUCCUGGUAACACCCCAAGACUGUGGAGGAGCAUGCUGAGUUCAUCUGCUGGUUUCCUCAUCCACUGCUCACAUCUUUAAGUCAUCAGAGCAGCUAUGGUGGACAUGUGGUCUCCUUCAUUGCACAUUGGUACCUGGACAUUGAUGAGCCUCCUCAGUGUCUUUUCUCAUGAAGUGACGAUCAAGACAUUGGAUCUGAAGCCGUGUAAAAACGACAACAUGGUGUGUGUGACCAACCUCAGAGACUGUGACCCUCCACCGCCUUCAUCUAUACAGAUGAAUCUGAACAUGUCGUGUUACUGCAGCGAGUCAUACAAAUACCUGACUUGUGAGCUGAGUGAGAUGAACAGCCUCAUUGAGCCUGACAUCGAUUUCAUCUUCAGGAGUAUGAAUAUAAUCUUCUCCUGUAAGGCCAUCUUCAACCCUUCAGGCGCCUUCAACAUUACAGCCAGGAUGAGGAACUACAUAAUGGGGACUGAGAUCAGAUCCCAGCCUCACAAAGUGAAUUUAUAUGAGUCAGUCAAACCCUCUGAGCCUAAUUUAACUGUGCUCGGCUCCACUGACGUCUCUGUUGCUGUGUCUUGGAAAAGCAGCAGUGACGGCAGCUGUCGGCUUCGCUACAGAGUCAACGACACUCAGACGUGGUCUCAGCCUCCAGAUUUUCUCCGUGUGCAUCGAGAUAAUAAGCUGGUCCACACGGUCAAAGACCUCCUGCCGUUCACCGUCUACAGAGCAGCUGUGGCCUGCAGGAGGGGCGAGUCCGGCAUCUGGAGCAACUGGAGCCCUGACGUCACCGUGACGACGCUGGAAAGAGUGCCCUCCAGGCCUCCAGAGGUGUGUUACAGAGUGGAGAGAAACGACUCUGGUGAAUCUCUGCUCCUUCAUCUCAUGUGGAAGGGUCUUGACCUCCAUGAGGCAGGAGGGCGUAUCCUUGGAUACCAGGUGAGCUAUGAACCUGUGACAAGGCGACAUCUGCAGGACAGGUUGAUUCGAAACGUCACAGGGGUGAUGGACACCCUGGUGGUGGAGGAGGGGAACUACAGCGUCACCGUCACAGCCUUCAACAAGGCCGGCUACGGACCUGCUGCGAAUCUCAGCAUUGACACGCACAGACAGAAGAAUCUUCUGUCAGUCAGAAACUUGUGGGUCUCCAGUUCUUUCCCAGCUGUCAAAGGCCUUCAGGUCCAAUGGGAGAGCCCCACAGCCCCGCCCUCUGUCUUACCUGUCAGUCAUUUUGUUGUUCAGUGGCACUCUGAGACGCGUCCCUCCACCAGCCGCUGGUCCCCAGGAGACCGCUUCAACACCUCCAUAGAAGAUGUCGACCCUGAUGACUCUUACAUGAUCAGUGUGUUCCCCGUCUACAAGCAGCAGUGUGGAUCCCCUCGGUCUCUGCCUGCCAGUCUGCAGCACGGAGCUCUGAUGGCGGCCGUCGACCUGGAGUUCGUUAAGGUGACCAAAACACUGGUGACAGUUGAGUGGGCGUGGCAGAGGAAGUCUGGACUCAGAGUGAACAGAUACAGUGUGAUACUGAGGAAAAAGUCAGACAGACAAAAUACAGAGACUGUUGGAGCUGUGACUCUGUGGCCGGACCAAAGGCAGCACACCUUUCCCAACCUGAAACCUCACACUGAGUAUUCUCUUUUCCUAUUGGCUGACAAUUUUUCCAUCUACGACCUCUCCGUCACAACAGAUUUUGAUGAGGUUCCAGUGGUGGCGACAGCCACUCCUCUGCUGCUGCUGCUGGCUGUCACUGUGUUAGUCAUCAGCAUCCUGUCCAGGACUGUGUACAAGUCGUACUUCUUCCCGCUCAUCUCCAGCCCUCAGGACAGCACGACGGGCCAGUGGCUGAUGGACCCGAACCACCAGAUAUAUGCAGAGAGAAACAUCCUGGAUAUCAAAGACUUCCAGGUGACGGACGUACUCGGAGAGAAAGGCAUCAUCAUGGUCGGACCAAACUCCGACCUGCAUGACGACACCUCUCUGCCGCCACUCAGUCACUUCAUCGUCAAACUGUCCACCUUCGGGCUGGACACGGAGUACGUCUCUGAGGCUGCGCUAACCAAGGAGCGCCAGCUCCAGUCCUUCCAUCCUGACUACGCUGUGAACUGCCAUCAUCCUGAGGGAGGGGUCGUAUCUGAGGAGAGGCAACAGGCCGACGCUGCUCUGCUGCAUCAGGUGCAUGAAACAGACGGUCGGUUUCCUCGUAAAGAGGAAAGGACCAGGCAGCAUGACCUUUCUCACAAGUUACAUCAGAACACCGUGAAACAUUCUUUUAGUGAAUUCAGGGCCAACGCAGACAGUGGCAGUGUUAAUCAGAUGACCUGUGAGGCAGAGUAUCUGAUGAACUCUUCAUUUCUGGGGAAAACUGGUGUUGAAACAGUGACUGGACAGACAGACUCCUCUUAUCUGAUGUGUGAGACUGAAUACAUAGCAAGCAGCUGCUUUGCUGCAAAAAUUCCAGAUGUAGACAGAGCCAGUGUUGCAUGCUAGGUCAUCGACAUCAUUAGAAAAAUAGGAUCAAGAGGCUGUAGCUACGCUAGCGACCUCUUGUGGCUGUUAACAUUCAUUAACAGCCUCUAAAAGUGUCUUUGUAUUUAUCUGGACUCACUGUCAGUCUGAUCAGACUCAGUUUUGCUUAGCGUAGGACGAUAGAAUAGGAUGCUAACAAGCCUGCAGUUAGCAUGUUGUUGGUGUGUUAAUGCUAAGAUAAUGUUGGAUGCUAGCUCGUUAGCUUGACUAUCAUGGCAUCUUGCAUAAAGUGGACUAGAGCCGAGUGAUAUAUCUAUAAUGUAUGCAGAUUGCAUGUCAACAUGCUCAUGUUAAGUAUGUAUUUUUUAUCGUGUUAGCAUGCAUAGGCUUUAUUUACUUCAUCAACAUGUUUGUCAUAAUGUUGCCAUAAACAAGGAGAAUCACAAAUAUUAGGCAACUUAAAACUCCAAUAUUUUCUUCUUCUGCUGUGUUUUAUUUUUUAAGUGUUGAUCCAUAAAAAGAUGUAUUUGUGGUUUUAAGAACCAGAAACCAUCUCAGUGUAGUUUUACAUCUCCUCUCUCAGGCUUCUCUCUGCAGCUCUAGUAACAACAGGUCGGUGAGCCAAUCAGAGGAGAGGAGGCGUUGAGGUCACUGUGACCUCACAAAACAUGUUUUUGGCCAUAUCGCAACAAUCCAUAUGCUAAUUAACAAGAUAAAACAUAGGUGAUCCCUCUUAUGAAAUUCCUUCAAAGUCAAACUACCUGACACACAGAUGAGGCAGUAAUUCUAGUUCUGGUCUUACAGUCAAUCAGUCGUCUUGAAUACUGUUUAAACUCUUAUUUACUAGACGUGUAGUAUAACUAUUCCCUACUAUAGCAGUAAUAGGGAGUUGUUGAAUGUCACAGUGUAGCUGCUUUAUGAGAACUUGAAGAAAAACAACAGAGCUGACUUACGGCCAAGUGUUUAUUUUUUUUCCAUGUUAGUUUUGACACGAUUGGAAUGAGGCUUGGACAAUAAACUGUUGCUCGUGUUACAUGA